AUGGUGCUAAAUCCGUUUGCCUAUUUCGCGCCUGAGUGGAACAACUUGCACGAUCACGACAAAUCUUCUGCCGCCUCGAGUGCAUUCUCCGGCCCUAAAAUCACCGGCGAUAUAACCGAGUUUCCGCGGGCAGGCGACUGCUACAGCGCUGCACAUCCAACACUGCUUGUGAUUAUUUUUAGGCCGAUUAGCCUCUACAACGUUUAA